AUGGCUGCGGUACAGUCGGGCGAAGGCUUGUCUUACCCCGGGCCGUCAAGAUUCUCGGCAAACACAUCGGAUGAUGCAGGCUCCUCCUCCACACAUGCGGCUUCGCGGCCGCUCGCAGCAAGAGUGCGCUCCGUCCUGCUGCAAGCACCUCGCGAGUCGAACGAUAUCAGCGAAGCGCUCCAAAUGCUGGCCAAAAUGUAUCCUGCCGCACCAACUCAAGAUGGUGCCAACACCGACACACCUGCCGACAAGGUCCACAGCAAGCAUGCCACGCUAAACGGCAAGGCGACAACAACCUCCACUACAGAACAGCUUCAACUAGUAGACACCGCGCGAGCCAGACGCGAUCUCGAUAAGGACAUCCGCCAGCGCAUGCUCAGCGCCACCGACAACAUCAUCGCCGUCCUGCAAACCGUAGACAACGGUCUCGUCCGACUCUCUGAUGACGUCGCUGCCAUGCACGCCUCGUGCGACGCCGUCCAAGACAAGCUCCGUGCGGCCGAAGAAUCCAGUCGCUACCUCGUCGAGCACGCCGAAGGUCUCGAACGUCAGAGAGCCGCCGCACUCACCCAGGUGCAAGUGGCCAAGCUUUUCCUGUCGCGCUUCACGCUGUCCGAAGCGGAGCGCGCUUCGAUCUACUCGAGGGAGGUUCGCGUCGGUAACGACCUCUUCCAAGCCAUGGACAAGCUCGAACGCAUCCGAAGCGAGUGUCAGAUUCUUCUGCAGGGGUCAGAGUCGCUGGCGUCCAGCCAUCCCGCGUCCAGCUCGAGUUCUGCCGUCGCAAACGCUGGCGGAGGCACGCGCGCAGGCAUGGACAUCAUGUCGUCCACAUCCCAAGACCUCGACCAGGCGUACCAGAAGCUGUACAAGUGGUGUUCGUUCGAGUUCCGUCAACCAGUCAAGGAAGGCCUGGAAGUCUCACCCAGUCUUCGUCAAGCCACACGGCGACUCAAGCACGCACGUCAAGAUCUGCUCCGCUCGGCACUCGCCACGCUCGUCCAAACACGCAGCUCCAUCCUCGCCAACGCCUUCAUGUCCGCACUCACAAUGGGCGCAGGUCCACCUACCUACCUGCCCGGUCCGAUCGAGCUGCACGCCCACGACCCAAUUCGAUACGUCGGCGACAUGCUCGCGUGGAUCCACCAGACCGUUGCCUCUGAACGCGAAUUCCUGACCGCGCUGUUCGACGAAAAGGAGGGCGAAGGAGGCCGACGCAUAGGUCAACGUCGACGUGGAUUGGAAGGCUCGCUGGAUCUUACGGGCUCGGAUCCGGAUUCGCUGAGGUUGGGACCGGGCGAGGCGUUGGUGCGCGAGGUGCUCAACUCGAACCUCGAUGGAUGCUGCCGACCGCUGCGGCUUCGUAUACAGCAGACGCUGCGAUCACAAGAAGGCAGCGUCACAUCGUACCGGCUCGCACAUCUGGUGCAGUUCUACCGCUCGACGAUGGAAAAGACGAUCGGCUCACGCGCUUCCUUGAGUCGGACGUUGGGCGAGCUGUCGGAUCUAGCGGUGAGCGCGUUUGCCGACACGGUGGAACGUCAGAGCCGAGGCAUCGAACGCUACGACGGCACUCCCGAACCCGAUCUCAGCUUGCCACCACCGCUUGUGGCUACUGUCGGAACACUCAAAGAGCUCAUCGGCGAGUUCUCACGGUCGCUCACCGAAGACUCGGCCUUCAGCACCUCGAAAGAGCUCACCACAGCGCCGCCGUCGGAAGAGUCGAUCACCGCAUGCCUCUCCAACUUUGACUUUGUGCUCAUCAAACUCGUCAACCCGCUGCUGGACAUGGUGCAUCGUAUGGUGGCACUUCACAUUUCGAAACGACCUCGUUCGCGGACCGAAGCGACGGCCAAAUGGGAAUCUCUGCUGUUCACGUGCAACUGUCUGGAGGCCUUGUCAUCGACCCUGGAUGCGCAUUCGUUUGCACAGUGGAAGUUGGCGCAGAUUCGAGCGACACUGGAAGCAACGUUGGCGGAGGUGACGCAGUUGCAUUCGCAGCAGGUUGUGGAUAGGGCCGGAUUGUCGGCCGUGCUAGCAGCGAUGGAGAAGGGAGCCGAUGGAGCCGGUGAACUGUCGAAAGUGGCGGGAGCAAAGCAGUCGGAAAUAGCUCAGGCGUUGGCUAAGUUGGACCAGCUGACGCAGGACGACCUGCUGUCGCCGAAAGGAUUGGAGCGGCUCGCCAGCUCAACAGCGAGACAGACAGUCCACAGUACAGCACUGCAACAACUCACCCAGUCCUACGCUCGCUUGGUUGACUCGAUCCAAUCUCCCGCAAACGGAUAUGAAAACACGGAUCAGCUGAUCAAACGUACACCCGAAGAAGUCACCAUCCUUCUGGGUCUGUAA